CAAGACAACCUAAAAGCAAUGCAUCUCGUAUCUGCCUAACACAAAAGAGCUACAAAACUGCACGCCUCAGAUCUCUUUGCCAAAAUAGCGAGAUUUUGGUGUACAGUACCCAGAAGUGAACAGUCUGACCCGGAAGCUGUGCCGUGUGGAGGCGCAUAGAGAACAUCAGAUUCAUUUCUGCUCUAUUAAAGCAUCUCCUGCAAAGAAAAACAAACUGCAAUCGUUAUUGAAGAAAGAUGGCGGAGCCUCGGUUUAAUAAUCCAUAUUUCUGGCCACCUCCUCCCUCCAUGCCUGGUCAACUGGAUAACCUGGUUCUUAUCGACAAGAUCAAAGAGCAACUGAUGGCAGAAAAAAUAAGGCCUCCGCAUUUGCCACCCACCACUGUCCCCUCACAGCAGACACUGCUGGUAUCCACAUCAUCUUCAGAUGGUGGGCAACAUGUGAUGUCGAUCCCCAAACUCCAGCAGGUGUCUGCUCUUCAGGCCCACAACUCCUCUCAACCUGAUAUCGCCCUGCACGCUCGCCCAGCAUCCAGCGCCAUUUCAGAGUUGAACAUCGACGACAAGUCGACAGUAAAGGCAAAGGGAUUAUGGGAAGACUGGCAUAUGCGGCAAGCAGUGGUGGAUCAAGUCACCCGCGUAAACCAUCGCUCAGGCCUCACGUUGUCGUCCCGUACUGAGAGCCACAACACUUCUGAAGCCAUAACCCCCACCACCCCGACAUCCAGCAGUCAAAACCGUUUGGGAGGAGCACCGUCCUUAAACACCAUUUCAGGCCUGGCCAGUGGUCCCGGCAUUGAGCACGUCAAAAGCGGAGGUCUGAUUGGGAUGCUUGGACCUCAGGUUAAAGCGCCACGAGGUCGCAAGAAGAUUAAAGCGGAGAACACAGGUCCCCUACUUGUGUUGCCCUACCCACUUCUGGCUUCAGGCCCUGACCAAGCAGUUACAAUCGCUAAAGAGGGAAAAACAUACAGGUGUAAAGUGUGUCCGCUCACUUUCUUCAACAAGUCAGAGAUGCAGAUUCAUUCCAAGUCCCACACGGAGGCCAAACCUCACAAGUGCCCUCACUGUUCCAAAUCCUUCGCCAACGCCUCGUACCUCGCACAGCACUUACGCAUUCACUUAGGCAUUAAGCCUUACCACUGCUCCUAUUGUGAGAACUCCUUCCGUCAGUUAUCACACCUUCAACAGCACACCAGGAUUCAUACCGGUGACAGACCUUAUAAAUGUGCCCAACCUGGAUGUGAAAAGGCAUUCACACAACUUUCAAACCUGCAGUCUCACCAGAGGCAACAUAACAAAGACAAGCCAUACAAAUGCCCAAACUGCUACCGGGCCUACACAGACUCCGCCUCCUUACAGAUCCAUCUGUCAGCACACGCUGUGAAAAACGCUAAAGCUUACUGCUGCAGCAUGUGCGGCCGCGCCUACACCUCAGAGACGUACCUUAUGAAGCACAUGUCUAAACACACGGUGGUAGAGCAUCUUGUCAGUCAUCAUUCCCCACAGAGAACAGAAUCUCCCAACAUCCCCAUCCGCAUCUCACUCAUCUGAGCUUCCCUGCACUUCCUCGCUCGUUUUUCUUCCGUAAAAUAAAGUAUUCCGUUCAACGCGCCGGUCUUCCGUCGAGAGGAAGAACUUCAAUGGAAGAUGUUAAGUCUUCUUUGUCCCUCUACCUAAGCCUAUUGGUCAUAGCAGCUGCUGUCUGGAUCGAAUUGUUUGGAAUUGAAUUUUACAAAAACAAACUUACCAAUUUGGAUCAUUUUGUUUUUUUAAGGUGUGUAAGGGAGACUUCCAAAGAUACUCUUGAAGCACUUUUUAAGCUUGUGGUUUGGGCUCAAAGCAGAAUUGGGAGCGUUUUUUGAAAUGGGAGCAACUUUCUCGCUUUGGGCAGCUAUAAGAGAUUUAGAAAGCAAGACAGGCGUUUGUCUCUUCUUCACCGUCACUAGGUCAUUCUGUUUAACUAGAUAUUGUGUUGUAUUUUAAUGUGGACGUGCUUCCACUGUAAGCGUCUUUUGUCCUAUUAUAAAGGAUAUUAGGUCACGAUUUAAUAAUAAUAAAAAGUAUGCUGUAAUAUGAGAUCGGAUAAAUGUGACCCUGUCUGUGAUAUUCAGAUUUAAGUCUUAUGAUCUAAUUAUAAGCAUCAAAGUUUAAAUUCAAUCUUUGAUAUGACCUUUGUCAAUAUUAAAGAAGUCAGGGUUAUAUAAUCACAUUAUGUAAAAUGAUUUAAUCUCAAAAAAUAAGUUUACGUGGGUUUUCACAUGCAGGGUCACAAAUAGUAGUGGUAAGGUCGAUUUUAAGGCCGAAUCUGAGGCUAGGAUUUUCGGAGUGUAAUCAUUGCCCCUUUAUUUUUAUAUUGGUAGAAGAAUGUUUCGCUUGGAUAAAAGAGUGUCAAAGUGAGGGCACUCUCUAAAAUAAUCAUAUUUUUUAGCAUCAAAGAUGUUGUUUGUUUCAUUUUUAUGUGUUGAGGUUUUUUUGUGCAAUGCCAUGGGACUCUUUUGGAUUGCUUGUCCUUAUCCAAUCAUAGCAUUUUGAAGGAAAAGUGUCCUUUUUUUAAAUUGAAUGGCAUAACUGCAUCAUGAACGGCAUCGCCAUUAAAUGGGGGUUUGUCAUGAUGUAACAGUGGAAGUGUGACAUUAAAUGAACCACACAAGUAACGUGACCUCUUAACAUUAAGUGCAGAUUACCUCUAUUCCUUCACUAACCUGAGAAAUGCAGAAGCACCUUGAGACACGAUCAUACAUUUUUUACAUUAUGGCCCAAUCUAGUACAUCAUAAUCUAGUAAUAGCAUCUCAUCUGUGACAGAAAUGUCUUUAUUUGUUUAAUCUGAAAUCAUUGAAUUAAACAUCAAUAAUGGUGUAUUUAAAGAAUAAAGUUUCUUGGAAAUUCACAAUCAAAAUAUUGAAUGUAGUUGAGUUCAGAGCAUUUUCUUUUUGAUCAGCUAAUCCAAAACUAAUGUUUAACAGAUGUUGAUGUCUUAGUUGCUCUGACAUGCAAAAACAGCAGCACAUGUAUUGAUGAUUACUUUUAUAAAAAAGUAGUAGUAAAGUAGUUCAAAAUGUUUUUACUGAAUUAAAGCACCAUUCCAUUAAAUAUUCUUGCCAAAUUUGAUCAUACGCUGGAAAAAAUAUUUUUUGCAUUUACAUUUUAAUCAGCUUGAAUUUACAAUUUAUUUAAACUUUAUUGACUAGUAAGGAGUUUCAAUAAAUUAUAAA